AUGGGGCUGCUUUCGCGGAACGUGGUGCUAGUCCUCCUCCUAGGUCUGGUGCUCUUCACGCUCGAGGCACACGCUUUCGGUGCCGGCAACAUUGCCUCGAUAUCCGCGGUAGAGGGCAAGAACUGGCGCCAUGGUGAUAUUGAAGACGUCUUGAAGACUGUGUCAUGUAUCCGUCACCACAAAUGGAAUUCCCUGAUGAUCAAGAGGGUCUACUUCGGGAACUGGCUACGGGACUACAGCCAGGCCAUGGAUACUGGCGCCCUGAAGAAGGCCCAACCCGAGACCAUUCGAAUUCUUGUCUGGCUACUGUCAUUCCUCGGAUUUGGCUAUGCCACGGCAGAGUUCGAGGUCACGGCGGAGCGCCUCGGUGUCUACCGGCCAGAGGAGCACAUUGACAAUCCCAGAGACUACAACGACAACGAAGACGCCCGGAAGUUUGACGUCCGUCUCCGUGGUCCAGUGCGUGACAUUGAGCUGCAAGUCGACAUGGAGACCGGGAUGAAAAAUUACAUCGCCAACGGAAAGGGUGACUGGGCCACCAGCGCCGCCUUUGUCAAGUACAGCUUUGAGCGCAGCAUCCACCAUGGCCGCCUGUACACGAACGGCCAUGGGUUCUUCAAAGGAAAAGACGAGGAUCUUGCGGAGGCCUUGCGUUGUCUGGGUCAAGGUCUGCAUACACUCGAAGAUUUUGGUGCACAUACCAACUACGUCGAGCUCUCCCUUCGGGAGUUGGGGUACCACAACGUAUUCCCUCACGUCGGAACGGCCACCGCAAUCAACCUCCGUGGGAAGCACGUUUUCCCUCUCGUGACGGGCACAUUUGGAAUGGUAGACUUCUAUCAUUCUGUGCUGGGAGAAGCUACCGACCACUUUACGCAGAGCGAAGUCAACGAGAUGGACAAUGCUCUCGGUACAGCUCAGCAGGCAGCGCAGUCAUCAAACCCUCUGAUGUCCCUGGUCAAGUUGUUGUCUAAAGUGCCGGGGACCAAGGGUCUUUGUGACGAAGCGGAACAGCUGCAAGCGAGUUCGCAGGCGCAAGCUCGUGCCAACGAGCAGCAGGGUUAUGGAUCACAGGGAGGCUUUCGCGGCGUGGAUGACUACGGAGGGUCAUCGCGAGGCAUUGACGAUUGGGAUAGCACUCGAGCCUCGCAUGCAGGGUUCGCUGGGCAACAACAAGGUUAUGAUGCAUCCAACAGUUGGAACCAAGGACACCAGCAACCAGGUUGGGGGCAAAACCCACCGCAAUACCAGCAGCAGUGGCAUGAUCAAGGCGCACCUCACGCCUUCAAUAAUCCACCUCCACAUCAAGCUCAAUGGCACGAUCCAAACAUGGGCCAUAACUACAACUCGCAGGACCAAUACUCUGGUUCCCAACAAAAUUGGCAGCAGCAGCAGCAGCACCAGCCACUGGUCGAUCAAUGGUCGCAGCAACCACAACAUCCUCAUGCUCCUGCUUCACAGCCUCAGCACGGGCAGGUGGGACAGCCCUCGCAAUCACAAGUUACUGCACCUGCAGGUCUUCCGGGUAUGCCAAACUUCGAUCCAGCCAAGACUGUUGCCCAGAUAUAUCCCAUCCUUGUUUUCCGCGACAAGGUCGUCCGGACCAUUAGCAGCAUAAUUGAAAAGAUCCCUGGUCUUGAGGCUCUUGUCGACCGUAUCACCGAGACGCUGACGGUCUUCGUCCUGUCGCUUUUGGCGCCGUUCGUGCGACCCGUGAUCAACGCCAUCUCGAAGACACUGCAGUCGGGAAGUUCGGAAGUUCUGGAUUCGUCCGCAAAGCACCAGUUCGAGGUUUGGACCAAUGCCCACUCCAGUGAUCCGACACACUCGAUGCUGAGCAAGGAUCACUUUAGCAAUAUACUCAACGAGCCCGCUGGUAAUGUGGCUGCUGAAAUCCUGAAAUUCAUCGCUCCCCGGGUGCUAUAUGCUUGGGAGCACCCCGAUGUGCCUGUGCAACAGGUGAUGCAUGACGUUGAAAGUAUCUUCCAUCAUCCGGCCAUCAGGAAUGAGGGCAAUGAAUGCCAUCGCAACAUGUUUAAUGCGGUGAAAGCCUGGGUCAAUGGACUGCCGGAUCGUGGUCGUGGCCUCGAAGCGGUUUUGAACUCUGAUGCUGUCCGGGCAGGCAAAAAUCACAAAGCAGGCGUCAAUGAGCAUAUGCACAAGCCUCCCGCCGGCUCGAGUCAAACCCACAACACCGGUGGAAGCUUUGGAGGUUUGGGAAACUUCAUUCCUGGUCAACAACAUGGCUCCGGCGGCCAUCAGGGCAGCAGCGGAGGACUUGGGGGAUUGGCAAACUUCAUCCCUGGACAACACACCGGUGGAGGCCACGGUGGAGGCCAUGGUAACAACCCAUUGGGUAUGGUUGGAGAUCUUGUGGGCAACUUCACGGGGCAGCACAAACCCGCCCAACAACACCAUGGCGGUGGCGGCGGCAGCGGUGGCGGCCUCAACAACAUGCUAGGCAUGGCCGAGAAGCUACCUAUACCUGGAGUACAUGGCGUGGCCAGCCAGUUGAACAAGUACUCCAAAUUCAUGGGCGGCUUUCCAGGCGGGGGCGCCCGCGGGCUGGACGAAAAUGACACCGGUCCAGGUGGUCUCGACGUGCCAGUCGGGGGAUCCAGCGAGCUUCACGAGGCUGCGGCGCAUGCCGACCGCUACGGCUCAGACAUGAGGUCACCCAGUCCGAUGCCCAUGCAGGCCCCAGCGGGGUAUGAACAGUACGGCCGGCAGGAACCGGGAGGUUACGGCUAUGGUCAGGGUCAGGAAGGACAGCCAUAUCAAUAUCAGACGACGUACCAGGAACCAUACUCCAGCCAGGGUCAGUAUGGAGCCGGUGGCGGUGGCGGUGGCGGAGAAAGCGCAGGCUACUAUGGAGGAGGAGGGCGUUGA